CCGAAGUCUUUGGCUCAUCCCCUCCGGCCGCUCCUCCUCCUCCUCCUCCUCCCCUCUGCCUCCAAAAGUGUCUGCGGCCGCUGCCGCCGGCCUUCGGUUCGCUGCUGUCAUGGCGAUGUGUCGUGAUUUGAAACAUGCAGCAGAACAGGUGAAACGGACGUGAAGAUAGAGGAGAAGCACCUGAGCAGGAGCAAACAAAAUCACCUCGGGACAUAAAAGUUGCGAGCUUCUACUGAAGAUCCGGAGUUGGUCGCCGGUUGCGUCGACAUUCAGUAUCAUUGCUGACCCUGAUCCUCCACAAUUCAACAUCUUAUUUAAAUACGACGUGACUGUUUCAAAAGGGAGCCUGAAGGAAGUUUUGCUCGGAGUGGGAACUGCAAGCUUCAUCGUGCCGGCGUCAUGUCCGAAUCCAACGUGAAGGUGGCGGUGAGGAUUCGCCCCAUGAACAGAAGAGAGAUGGAUUUGAAAACCAAAUGUAUUGUGGAUGUUGAAGGCAAUCAGACCAUCAUAUCUCAGGCCAAUGCAAACCUCAGUAAAGGAGAUGCCAGAAAUCAACCAAAGGUUUUUGCAUACGAUCACUGUUUCUGGUCGAUGGAUGAGUCUGUUAAGGAGAAGUAUGCUGGUCAAGAUAUGGUCUUUAAAUGCCUUGGUGAAAGUUUACUACACAAUGCCUUCCAAGGAUACAAUGCUUGUAUAUUUGCUUAUGGGCAGACUGGCUCGGGUAAAUCGUACACAAUGAUGGGUUCAAAAGAUAAGCCUGGUUUGAUCCCCCGGUUGUGCAGUAAGCUGUUUGAACGGGCGCUGCAAGAGGCAAAUGAAGAGCAGAGCGUUGCAGUUGAAGUGUCAUUUAUGGAAAUCUACAAUGAAAAAGUCCGGGAUUUGCUUGAUCCAAAAGGAAGUCGCCACAGCUUGAAGGUGAGAGAACACAAUGUCCUUGGUCCUUAUGUGGAUGGUUUGUCUAAACUAGCUGUGACAAGUUACAAGGAUAUUGAAUGUUUGAUGUCAGAAGGGAACAAGUCCCGAACAGUUGCGGCAACCAAUAUGAACGAGGAAAGCAGCCGCUCCCAUGCAGUAUUCAACAUUAUUCUAACGCACACACUAUGCGAUCUCCAAUCAGGGACCUUGGGUGAGAAGGUGAGCAAACUGAGCCUGGUGGACUUGGCAGGUAGCGAGAGAGCAGCAAAGUCAGGAGCUGCUGGGGAUCGACUGAAGGAAGGAAGCAACAUUAACAAAUCCUUAACAACUCUAGGUCUGGUAAUCUCUGCUCUGGCGGAUCAGGCUGCUGGUAAAAAUAAGAACAAGUUUGUUCCCUACAGAGAUUCUGUACUGACCUGGCUACUCAAGGACAGUCUUGGUGGAAAUAGCAAAACAGCAAUGAUUGCAACGGUUAGCCCUGCCGCCGACAAUUACAACGAGACGUUGUCAACUCUGAGGUACGCAGACAGAGCCAAAAAUAUUAUUAAUCAUGCUGUGGUGAAUGAAGAUCCUAACGCCCGGAUCAUCCGAGAGCUCCGUGAGGAAGUAGAUAAACUGCGGGAACAACUCUCCAGAGCUGAGGCAAUGAAAUCUCCAGAGUUGAAGGAUCGUUUGGAAGAGUCUGAAAAACUAAUUCAAGAAAUGACAGUAACCUGGGAAGACAAACUGAGGAAAACAGAAGCCUUUGCACAAGAACGUCAAAAACAGCUUGAGAGUCUUGGCAUUUCUCUUCAGUCCUCGGGAAUCAAAGUUGGGGAUGACAAGUGUUUCUUGGUGAAUCUGAAUGCAGAUCCAGCCUUAAAUGAACUGCUUGUUUACUACUUAAAGAAUCACACACUCAUUGGCUCUGAUGAUUCCCAGGAUAUUCAGCUCUGUGGAAUGGCAAUACUUCCAGAACAUUGUAUCAUUGAUAUUUCUCCAGAGAGACGAGUUAUUCUCACACCAAAACAAAACACUAGAACAUUUGUGAAUGGUUCCCUAUUAACCAGCCCUGCACAGCUUCAUCACGGUGAUCGAAUCCUCUGGGGUAACAACCAUUUCUUCAGAAUUAACCUGCCGAAAACAAAGCCAUUGCAAGAAGACGAGGGACAGGACAAUUCGAUGAAGCAAAGUUCCAGUAGUGAGCAACUGGAUGGGGAUGGCGACAGUGCAAGUGAUGGCUCCAGUGAGAAUAAUUACAGCUUUGAGUUUGCACAGAUGGAGGUCACGAUGAAAACCCUUGGAAACAAUGAUGCAAUGCAAUCAGUGCUGCAGAGGUUGGAACAGCAACACGAGGAGGAGAAACGCUCUGCACUUGAACAACAACGCCUCAUGUACGAGCGGGAAAUGGAGCAGUUACGCAGGCGUUUGUCACCUGAGAAACAUUACCGUAGUAUGGAGCGCCUCUCAUUCAAUUCCCCCAGCACUCAGCAGCGGCUUCGCCUGUGGACAGAGGAGAGAGAGGCAAUGCUGAAUCACAGUCUCAUGAAGUUGCAGGAGCAGAUCGCCAAGGCUAAUCUUUAUGUUCGUGAGGCAAAUUUCAUUGCUGAAGAGAUGGAGAAGAAGACAGAGUAUCAGGUGACUCUGCAAAUUCCAGCAUCUAACCUUGAUGCUAACCGAAAGCGAGAUUCCAUUCUGAGUGAACCUGCGAUUCAGGUACGGCGAAAAGGCAAAGGCAAACAGAUCUGGUCACUGGAGAAACUUGAAAACCGGCUAAUUGAUAUGCGUGAGCUUUACCAGGAAUGGAAAGACUGUGAUGAGGACAAUCCCAUGAUGUGGUCUUACUUCAAGCGAGCUGACCCAUUCUUCGACGAACAGGAAAACCACAGUUUGAUCGGGGUUGCAAACGUAUUCUUGGAGUUGCUGUUUCACGAUGUCAAAUUACAAUAUGCAGUACCCAUAAUUAAUCAGAAGGGGGAGGUUGCAGGACGUCUCCAUGUAGAAGUGGUGCGAACAAGUAGUGACUUCAACGAUCACAUUGCCGGUGGAGAUGAUGCAUUGGAUGACGGAAAUGAAAGUGAAUUGCAGGAGAAGGAGAUGUCACAAAAUUUCACAUGCAGAAUAAAAAUUCUUCAAGCCACAGGCUUGCCUCGACAUUUGUCAAACUUUGUUUUCUGCCAAUACACCUUCUGGGAAGUGGCAGAACCAAUCAUGGUUGCACCAGAGGUGGAUCCAUCCUCUUCAACCCCUACUGGCAAAGAUCCAGAGUGCAUGGUUGUUUUUGAUCACUGUAAGGAAUUCUCAGUCAAUGUUUCUGAGGAUCUGUUGGAAUAUCUCUCUGAAGGCGCAUUGGCAUUCCAAGUCUAUGGACAUAAAUCAUGUGAUCCUCGAAAAACCUAUUCCAUAUGGGACUUGGGAAUAAUACAAGCCAAAACACGAUCCCUGCGGGACAGGUGGAGUGAGGUGAUGCGGAAGGUGGAGCUCUGGAUCCAGAUCUUGGAGCUAAAUGAGAAUGGGGAGUAUGUUCCCGUGGAGGUAACGUCCUCCAAGGAUGUUUCCACUGGUGGCAUUUUUCAAUUACGUCAGGGUCAGUCUCGACGUGUGCAAGUGGAGGUGCGGUCAGUGCAAGACUCUGGGACACUGCCUUUGAUUGCUGAAGACGUAUUGUCUAUUGCUAUGGGAUGUGUCAAAAUGAGACCUGCUCGGACUCAAAAAUAUCAAGAUACCCACUUGGAAGAAGAGGAUGAUAUGGACAGUUAUCAGGAGAGAGAUUUGGAGAAGCUUCGUCGGAAGUGGCUCAGUGCAUUGACAAAGAGGCAGGAGUACCUUGACAAGCAGCUUCAGAAACUCAAUAGUAAACUGAACAAGUCUGAGGAUGAUGCAGAUCGAGAGGCACAGUUGCUGGAGCGGAGAUUGACUCUGACAGAAGAGAGGAAUGCUGUACAGGUCCCAUCAGCUGGGAGUGGAAUCCCAGGUUCCCCAGCUAAAUGGAGCCCAGCAGCUGGAAUGGAAAUGCAUGUUCCUGUUGUUUUUCUUGACUUAAAUGCAAAUGAUUUCAGUUCCCAGGAAGAUCUUGAUGGACCAGAGCCUGGUGGACUGGAUGCCAGCCUUACAGACGAAGAUAUUGAUGACAUUUUAGAUCUGCAAAUUGCAAAACAUCAUGAAACAGAGGUAAAAGCAGAGGCUUCAUGGGAUUCCAAUGUCCAUAACUGUGUAUCACUGAGCAAAGGGACGCCAGUCGAUGAGCGGGUGUUCCUCAUCGUGAAGACUGUGGUGAAGCUAAGUCAUCCCGCUGACAUGCAUCUGGUGCUACGUAAACGCAUCUGCGUAAAUGUCUACAGCCGUCAGGGUUUUGCACAAAAUCUCUUGAGAAGAAUGUCCCACAGGAGUACACUGAACACAUGUGGGGUGACCUUUGAGAUUGUCUCCAAUAUUCCAGAGGAUGCUCAAGCAUCUGAAGACCGUGAAACCCUGGCCCGGAUGGCAGCGGAACUGGAAAAUACGGAGUCAGCUGAGAAGGAAGCAUACAUCGAGAAAUAUCUCCGCAGUGUGAUGGCAGUGGAGAACAUCCUUACACUGGACCGACUACGUCAGGAGGUUGCAGUAAAAGAACAAUUAAACACAAAGCGUAAAUUGACCAGAAGGUGCAACAGUUCUCCAAAUGUCAACCGGUUGUCUGGAAGCCGUCAUGACCUAAAUACAAGAUCCAGCCUUGAACGCAAUAAGAGUCGAUGGGAGAGUCACCAAGACAUAUCCAUGGGUGCACCUCAGUCAAACAAGAGAACACCUCCGCACCGUUCGCCAGUGUCCCGCCGUUCAAUGCCGCCCCAGUCACAAGAUGCAGACUCGUUCGCAGUGCUAGCAGCGUCUUACUUGAAUCCAGUGAAGGCUUUUGUACCGCAGAUGCCCAAACUUCUCAAAUCACUUUUCCCUGCUCGAGACGAGAAGAGAAGAUCUGCUUCUCCACAAAGUCGGCCUCUUCCACAAAUCUUGGUGCAAGCUGCUAGCCUUGAUGAUGGUGAACAGAACAAAGUUGCUCACGAAGGAAUUGUACCUUGUGCCCCGUUGGUGCUGACUGAAUCCACCCAACCAACAAACACUCGAAGAGUUCCUUUGAAAAGUGAGACUGCAGUUGCACCAACCCAUAAACCCCACGAAGAACCUCAAAGUCCAUCCAGCGAGUCUUCAAGUGGUUACUUCUCCCACAGUGUUUCCACGGCAACUCUCUUUGAGACGAGUAUGACGACAAACAGUGAUGCCAACUUGCUCCUGUCUGAGCAGGCAACCUCACAAGCUGACCUGCCCGCCCAGUCAGAAAAUCAAAAGAUAUCAAGCAGCGAGAUUUCGGCACGACUGGGCCCUGAGGUGGAAUUGAGUUCCUGUUCUGCUGAGUGCGAAGGUAACAGAGCUCAGAAUGUGCAGCAAAACCCAGACACGGAUGUUGGGAAGGAUCGUGUAAGCUUUCCAAAUCCAUCAAUAAACCCUGAGGAACCAACGGCAGCAGAUGAUACAGAACAUUUCUCAUCAGUUGACACUAAAUACAGCUUCUCUGCCACUGAGACAACUGCCCCAUCAUUGACUAUGAUGGUCAGUUCCCCUGCACCCAACCAAAUGUCCACACCGCAUUCCCUCCAAGCUGACACAUUACAAGAUUUAUCACCGGUACAGAAGCCAGCAUCGGCAUUGACCAACUUGAAACCUGAGGUGAAAUCUGUUGAGACGCAACCCAAAUCCAUUGCUUCUAAUCCCUUCAAAAUCCAGAGAGUGAGAACGUCUGAGUUGAAAUCGUUCACUGGAAUCUUGGCUGAUGAAGGUAUGAGCCAAGAUUUUGAUGGUGGUCAUGAAGGCGAAACAGUGCCAACGGAACUGUGGCCGCCUAUAGCCUUGAACUCUGCUGUGGCUGGUGCACUGGAGGCAGAUGGUGGAUUAUCGACUGUAAGUACAAGGGAUGAUGAUGAUGAUGAUGAUGACGAUGAUGAUCGUGAGUUAUCAAGCGAGAAACUUGAAAUUGUUUCAGAUUCCGAGGAAGCUGCUGAAACAAUCCCUGAGUGGCUAAAAGAUGGGGAAUAUGUCUCAGUCGGCACAAACAAGACUGGUACAAUCAGGUAUAUAGGACCCACGGAAUUUGCCGAUGGAAUUUGGAUUGGAGUUGAGCUGGAUGUGCCAGCAGGGAGAAACGACGGCUCGGUUGGUGGAAGGCAGUAUUUCCGAUGUAAUCCCGGCUAUGGAGUGUUAGUGAGGCCCAGCCGAGUGACUAAAGCCAGCGGUUCAGCAAAACGCCGCAGUGCUGGGCUCCGGAUACAACUGGUUGCUGCUUCAGACAAUCGGAGAAGUGGCAGCUUUUCAAAGUCCAAUCCAAACUUGUCGGCUCUCACUGCACUUGCCAAAUCCGAGAGCGGAGCGGGACUCCGAUCGGGCGACAAGCCUCCAAGGAAGAGUGAGCAUAGGAAAUCCUGGUCAUCUGAACAAAAACCUUUGUAAGAAAUGAUCUAGUGAGGUGAAUGUUUGGAGCUCGUUGGCAAGGAUUCAGAACUGCACAUCCAGAGAUGACUUCUUUGAUCUAAACCUGGUGCCUUUUCCAAGAAACACCCCAUCCCGAGGAUGCAAAUUCCCUAAUGUUACUCGGCUCUUGUGUCCAAAUUUACUUUUUUUUUCCCUUUCUGUAUCUGCUGUUUAACUGCUGCAUUGGUAAAAUGAGAUGACAUUGACUGAGUUUUUGAGCUAGAAGAGGGAACUGUUUCAGUUCAAAGGUUAACACAUUUGUUUUUCCUGUUGCUUUUAUCUGUUUGGAAAAGGAGUGAACGGAUGAAAGAGAGAAGAAUGAUUUUGCAAAAAGUAUUUAAUUCUUGCUGGGUUCAUUUUGGUUGGAACCGGAUGCCAGUUCAAUUCUAUGUGUCAGUCUUUAUUGAAGCACAAUCACAAAUUCUAGGUUGAAAAUCAGGGGCUGAAUUCUAUGUCCAUGUAUUAUAUAUUUUUUAUCAGUUCCCCUUUAUUUCCCAGUACAUGUAAUAAACUUACCUGAGAAGUUCAUAAACAGUGGGACUGUAUAUUUAGUUAGUAAUGUUUAAAAGUUAAAUGUAUAUUGGGAUUGCAAAAGAAUGUAACCAGACACAACCAAUAGCUCAGAUUCCUUGAUGCUGAUCCUAAAGAGCACAGAAAUAUUAGGAGAUCAACUACUGAUGGAUUUUGUAUAGAUCCCAGCGAUCCUGUUUCUUAAAGUGCCGAUUAUCUCUGGGAAUGUUGUUAUUAAACUUCCUGCCUUGUAACCAGCUUGUUACCUCCGAAGAAGUGACUAGGAAAGCAGCCAUUGUAAAAUGACUUCAUACGUCUUGAGAUGUGUUUUCCAACAACGAUUUCCUCUGUACAACUGCACUAAGUUACAGUGUCCGCUUUUAACACGGGUUGAAUCUAUUCUGAUUAAAUACUUACUUUUGCCUUUACAAAUUGCAGUUAGAAAGAUACGCAUUGAGCAUUUGUACAGAAAUGGUGUUAGCUGGAGCAAUAUAAAAUUUGUUCCUGGACCUGGUCAGCGGAAAUUGACAUAAAUGGACUUGUAGGUUAUAGGAUGAUAUAUUUGUCAUUGUGGGCAGCAUUGCAACAUAUGAAGCUCUGAGUCAUUAUUCACAUUUUGAAAUUAUUUUAAAAAAAAGUUCAUGAUUGUCAUGAUUUAAUACUCUGAAUAUGCCUAUGCUCAAUUUCAAACUUUUACAUUCAUGUUUUAAAUGCUACGUAUUUUAUCACACACACUUUAUCCAGGGUUCUCGGAUUAAUUCCAGUUUGAAAUAUCUGUUUUGUGUGAAGUUGGGGAUUGUUCUUUGUAUUGACGUUUCUCAGUAAGUUAGCAAUCUAGUGAAUAUUUUGCAGGCACUGUAGAAAGCCUUGUUCUGUGGGUUUUAUUUUUUUUAAAGAUGUUACAUUUCUUUUCUCUAUUGGCAGGGGAAAGUGGUGUAAAAUUCUAACAGGCGGCCUGAGAAAUACUAGCAAGGAACAAAGUGCUGGAGGAAUUUAGGGUGAGGAAUUGUUGGUUAUGGACGCAUCUUCAGACUGAAGCAUCUUGACCCGAACCAUCAACUGUCUGUUUCCGCCACAGAUGCUGACUGACCCGCUGUGUUCCUCCAGCACUUUGAUUUUGUUUCAAGGGUUCAGCAUCUGCAAUCUCUCGUGCCUCUGAGAAUUAUCCUGCCUACAAUACAGGUCUUAUUAUGGUUAAAUUACUACUGCCUAAUGUAUGGUCAUUUGCUGAUGUUUAACUCCAGAGGGCAGAAUGAAUGCUGCUGCCUGUGGCCCGCUAAAGAUUACUUGCUGGAAUAAUUUCUUCAUGAAAACAAAAUGAAAACUAAGCAUUGUUUAGCUGUGUAAUAUAAUGCACUUGACAUUGUGAGAAAGUUUAAACUUUCUUUAAUACUGCAUGGUGCACUGAGCGGCAGAGCUCAUUUCUAUGAGUUUGUCACAUGCAUGGUUGACAUAUUAAUUCCAUUAAAUGCCUGUAGUCUGGGAUGAAAGUGAAUGCUUUCUGCCGGGUGUAUAUUAGAUAUAGAGACACAGGGAAACGCAGAUGCUGGAACCUUGAGCAAAACACAAGCUAGGCCCUCUAGUAUUUGAUCUUUCCAUUCUGGGAAAAAAUUCUACCCUAUCUAUAUUCCUCUCAUAAUUUUGUCUACUUUCAUCCGGUCUCCCCACAACCUCCGGCAUUCCAGAGAAAAUCCAAGUCCGUCCAACAUCUCCCUCCCUUGUCUGCACCCUUUCCAAUGCCUACACAUCCUCCUUGUAAUGGAGGCGACCAGAAUUGCAUGCAAUAUUCCAAAUGUGGCCAAAGCAAAGUCCUGUAAAGCUUCAUCAUGAAUUCCUGGCUCUUAUACUCAAUGUCCUGACCUAUGAAAGCAACCAUAUGUCUUCUCAACCAUUCUAUUUAUAUGUGUUGCCACUUUCAGAGAUUUGUGGAUGUACCCCAAGAUCCCUGUGUACAUCCCUCUGCUGUUAAGGGUCAUGCCAUAAAUGUCUUGCAGAGCUGUAAUGUGACGUCCCAACUUGUUUAUCUCAAUAGCCAGAAGUUCCUUUCAUCAUUUUAAAAUAAAAUCAUUGCAACAGCUCUGUCAACUUAGGGGCACUCUGUAGUGAUUGUUGUAAAGUGCAGAGGACAGUGCAUCCUUAAAUGCCAUUCCUCAAAAAAUGUAAUCGAAAUGACUGAGGUCGGAGUGCUAUGUGUGCUUGCCUUGCUGAAGAUUUCUGCAAACAGCUGUAAUAUUUUUCUGGCUACAUGAGUACAACAAUAGAACAUUUGAUUGCAGAUCCACUGAGUUCCUCCAGCAUAUUGUUUCUCGCACAGAAUUUCAACAUCUGUAGCUCCUUGUGUCUCCAUAAAGUAUUGUGUUUGUUGGAAAUACUGCCAGUUUCCCACUGUUGCUGAUUCUAGUCAGGUUAAGUUGCUACGUGUGUGUGUGUGUGGCUGUGCAAUGGUCUUCAAUACGUGUCUCCAUGAAAGACACUGGAGCGAAUACAGCUCAGCAGUGUACACAAAAGACCUUUGUGCACAGUUGAUAAGGUAAAUCAGAUCCGCUGAUAAACAUUUGUCCACAAAUGCCAGAGAUUGACAGUGACAGUAAAAUUACAACUUUAGUGACUGUCCACACUUAUGUGGGAAUUUUUCUUAAUUGUGCUUGAAUGGCAUUAGAGUUUGGUUCGCAGCAGUCCAAUUCUGUUUUUAUUCAGAAAAUAAGCAAUGGCACUUGAAUGUAACACGCACAAGCAGUACAGAAGGCAAGUGAGGUUCUGUUCUAUUCUUAUAUGAAACAUGUUCAUGUGAAUGAUUGUAAUAAGUGGAUUGGCGGGCCCUGUAAAUCAUUGUUUCUUUUCUUUGAAGGAUUUUGGAAUAGUGACAAAGUGACCAAGAUUAUGUCCUUAUAGCUGAUUUGCAUUGUGGUUGGCAACUUUUAGGCUCAGCUGGUGAACUAUAAUUUGCUUAUACAUUAAAGUCUUUGAUACAAUUAAUGUAUUUACUCUCGCACAUCUUUAAUUACUGUUAACUGCUUCAGUUUGGAGGUCACUAUUAUCUUGAAGCCAUUUGAACAAGUAUGCAUAGUUGCAUCUUGUAAAUUCGGAACCAACAGAAACAGCCAUAACUCAACAGGUGAUCAGUGUUUGGAAUUACCGAGAGGGAAAGAUAUUGAAAGACAGAAGUCCAAUAUGCAUUUGAUUCAAGGCUGGGUUGUUCAGUGUAGAACAAGGAAAGAUUUCUGAUGUUUUUGGUGUGAGUGUAUAAGCAAACUGAGCUGAUGUUGUCAUUUUGAAUUGACUAUGAUUUAAGAGUAUUGGGUCCAAACAUUGCACCAUUUUUAAUAUAAAUCCUAUUUUAUAAAAUUUGAGGCCUAUGACAUAGAUGAACUGACUGCUACUGUACAAUGUUAUAACUAUCUAUUGUAACCAGUGUGCGACAGACCUUUUUAAAUUAGUUAUUUAUUUACGUUGUUUGAAUUCUGUAGAGCAAUAACACAAUUACUUUUGCAAAGCUCUUGGAAAGCGCCAUUUAAAAAAGAAAAAAUAUCUUCACUGAUGCUGAAGGGAUUUGUGUAUGGAAGAACAACCCUUCAUAUUCUAAGACAACAGUUGUGUGGAGUUUGGCAAGGUUUUAAUUUAACACUAAUUGCUGGUUGCAGGCUGGUGGAAUUAUUUAUAGAGUCCUGUAUGAUUUGUUAAUCUGUCUAUCUGCUGGGAUUGUAAUGGAAAGCAGAUUUUGAACAUUUGAAUGUAUGUAAUAAUUUGGGUAUUUAAGGGCUCAAUGAAAUUGGUGCUUUGCCAUCUUGUUGCCUAUCUAAAGUUCUAUUAUGUACUUAAAUAUUCUGUAUAAUAUACUUAAUUGCUGAAAGAUAAUAAAAGUAUAAAUGUACAAAA